GCUUCGGGCACGCGAGCAGAAAUGAGUAUUAACCAGAGGCUGUGCAAAGGGCACUAAAUGCUUGAAUGACCCUCUUGUAUGUUCAAUUUCUGAAAGGAAGUGAGGGUAGAUCGGACACUGCUCAAGCUUCAGAUGAGAGUUCCUCCUGGCUCCUUGCGCAUCCUCAGUUUGUUCUCUGCAAGACACUUGGUGACCUUGCAGCGACGGGGCUUAUGUGACGCACCGAUGCGUCUGGUGCAGUUCCAUCGACACAGUGAUGGAGGUGUGCGAGUGGGAGUGGAGCAGGAUGAAGGGCUUGGCGUGGUGGACCUGAGGGUGUUUGACCCCUCCAUGCCUUCCACAAUGAAAGAGCUUCUGGAGCUGGGAGAUGAAGGUCUCAAUUGUGCGCGGAGAGCGGUGUCAUCUGGCCAGUGUGUGCUGAAGCAUUCUGAUGUCAGGCUGCUGUCUCCCAUUUUAGCCCCGGAGAAGGUGGUGUGCGUGGGUCUGAACUACCGAGACCACUGCCUGGAACAAAAUGCUCCCAUCCCCAAAGAGCCCAUCAUCUUCAGCAAGUUCCCCAACGCUAUCACAGGGCCAUAUGAUGACAUUAUACUGCCUUCUGAGAGCCAAGAGGUGGACUGGGAAGUGGAGCUGGCUUUUGUGAUUGGACGUCAAGGAAAGCACAUCAAGGAGGAAGAUGCUCUCUCUUAUGUGGCCGGCUUCAUGGUGGCCAAUGACGUCAGUGCGCGUGAUUGGCAGAUGAAGCGGAACGGAAAGCAGUGGCUGCUGGGAAAGACGUUUGAAAGCUUUUGUCCCCUCGGCCCCGCAUUAGUGACCACAGAUGCCGUGAGAGAUCCUCACAAGUUGGGAAUUCGUUGUCUGGUCAAUGGAGAAAAGGUCCAGAGCAGCAACACUGAUCAGAUGAUCUUCAAGACCGAGGCGCUGAUCUCCUGGGUUUCAAAGUUUGUGACAUUAACUCCUGGAGACGUGUUCCUGACAGGCACCCCUCCUGGUGUGGGUGUGUUCAGAAAACCGCCCGUCUUUCUCAAGAGAGGAGAUGUUGUGGAGUGCCAAAUAGACCAAUUGGGGUCGAUCAUCAACAAAGUGAUAUGAACUCGGAGACUGGCAAAAUCAUCACUAUUAACUGCUUGUUUCACAUAUAAUUUCAACUCAAGAGCACUUGCUUUUUUUCCCCACAAUUUGUGAGUUGACAUUGUUUUGGCCAAUACACAGAGAAUGAAGAAUCACAGCACUCCUAUUAUCCACUUGCCUCAUUUAACACGUCAUUGUCUGCAGAAAACAAAAAAUUAUGCAUUAUGGCUAAAUUGAA